CCCUUACCUUAACCCUAAUCAUAACCUUAAACUUAACCAUAAACUUAACCUUAACCCUAACCUGAAUGACCUAACUCUAAUCCUAACUUGUAACCCUAACCUUAAUCCUCACCCUAACUCUAUCCCUAACGCAUAACCAUAAACCUUAACCUAACCCUAACAGUCACCUUAACCCUAAACCUAACCCUCACCUUAACCCUCGCCCAAACCUGAUCUCUAACCUGAACCCCAACCACAAACACAGCCCCACUCCUACCCCUACCCCCAACGUGUCCCAUCCACACCCACCCUGCUGCCGCCCCCCGCCCUGCCCCAUAUGACGGCGGCUCUGCCCCACUGAGGGAGUUUGCAUGUGCAAAAUGACACCUGUGCAGCUCUAUGUCUGCACAAAUGUGUGCGUGUUGAAAAACACGUGUACUUAGAACGUAGAACGUGAAGGUGUGCUCUGGGUACUCAACACCAGAUGUCAUUACACGCGUGUAGCAAGUCCUGUGGUCAUAUGCUGUCCUUGUGUGCUGUCACAUGUGCACAAUAAAUGUACGUACACAUGUACUACAUGGUUAACCCUGAGCCUUUGAGUGUGUACGUGUGACACAAUACAUGUACACCAGAGUGUCUACACAACAAUGCACGUCUGUGUCCUUAGCAUGCAGUUCUCGUGUUGACACUCCAUGUGUGUCACCACUGCACGCACAUGUCCAUAGCAUGUGCCUGAUGUCAGUACCACAUGUGUGCCCCACUAAAAAUGUGUGUGCUCAUAGUGUGCCCCAUGUCAUUGUGAGCAUCACUGAGUCCCCAAAGGUCCCUGCUGCUUUCCCCAGUGGGGAUGGCAGAGGAAAGCGCAGUGGGGACAGAGUGUGGUACCCAAAGCAUGUGGUGACAGCUGGCUGGACGUGUUGGAGAACACAUGUGACAUCCCAUGUGGGACAUCCCAUUGGAGCGCAUGACCUAUGUUUGGCAUCCCACAGGGCACACCUUGCAAGGCCAUGCCGUGGCAGUCCACUGGGGACAGUGUGACACCCAAGCGAUGACAAUCAGCAAAGGGCAACCCAACGGGGACUGUUUGCAUCGCUCCAUGUGAAACACAUUACUGGGGACCCCAUGGUGCCACCACCCAUUUGGGCACCACAAUUGGACACAUCAGGAGGUGACAUCACAGCAUCCUGUCCCCAAGAGGAACUGACAGCAGCUCUCCAGACUCCACCUGUUCGCACUGCAGUCUCACUGUCCCCCAAGCUGAUCCUGCCUCAUGGCACCAGUGGCGCUGGCCCUCAUCCUGGGUUGGUGUCUGGUGGCAGCAAGCAGGGCACAGCACCUGUCCCGACCCUCCCUGUCACUGCACCCCAGCCAGGGGGUGUCCCUGGGGGACUCUGUCACUCUGCGGUGCCACCUGCCCCUGCCGGCUGCCCGGGUCUGUGUGUACCAGCACAAAUAUUUGAGAUUCCUCAAGAACAUGCACAAGGAGGAGGACACAGCUGAGUUCUCCUUGGUUGAAGUAAGGCAGGAAGAUGCAAUGAAGUAUCAGUGCCAGUACCGAGUGCUGGCUCUACCAGGGACAUUGGAGAAGAGUGACCCUGUGGAGCUGGUGGUGACAGAUUCCAGCUACUCCCCACCUGGCAUUUCCCUGAGUCCUGAGGAACAUGUGGAGAUGGGGACCAAUGUCACCAUCCAGUGUUGGAACCAGGGUUUGCACGGCACCAUCUUCCUGCACAAGGAUGGGCACUCAGCCCCUAUCCAGCACCAGGACCACAGUGCUGGGAGCACGGCCACCUUCACCCUCUUUAGAGUGACCCCAGCCGAUUCCGGCACCUAUAGGUGCUCCUACCGCUUUGGGGGCUCCUACUUUCUGUCCUCUCCCCUGGCGGACAACGUGAGGCUGGAGGUGGCACCCCCAGGUGCUGAGAGGAUGCCCUGUGGGAACCUGGUGGUGGCAGUGGUGAGGGGCUGCGCUGCCGCCCUCGUCUUUGGCCUUGGCCUCUACUUCAUCCUCGAUGCCAGCAGCUUCUGGAUACGGAGAGAUGAGAGCCCUGCUGGGGAAGGCGCUUGAAUCACUUUGAUACCCAACAGAGCACCUUUCGAUCCCCCCAAGUGUCUUCUGCUUCCUCUUUGAUAUUGUCUAUACCCCCAGUCUCUCAACCCCCCUUUCCAUCUUCUAUACAUCACCCCAGGUGUGCCCUUCCUCAUCUUCCAUCCCCUACAGGUGCAUAAAUCCCCUUCACUUUUCCCUGCUGUCGCUUCCAUGCACUAUUGAUCCCCCUCAUGCACUCCAGUGCCCUCCAUAACCCCCAACCCACUCCCCUCCCCAUUUUCAUGUAGCUGCCCCCCUCAGGAAGCCUGAGUCCAUUAGGUUCCAGGACAGUGUCUGAGUCAGGGAAACCCAAAAUCCAGCCUGCCUCUUGGGGACCCCCCAGAACCCCACUGGGAACCCCAAACCCUGUCCACAUGGACCCCAACACACUCCCAGCCUCAUAUUCCUUACCCUACCUUUAUGUGCAUCCCCCAAUCCAGCCCAUGGGAAACCCAAAAUCUACAUCAUGGGAUGUUGAGAUCAAAUGCCCCACACCCCCAGCCCUACACACCCUCUGGGCAACCUCAAAAUUCAGCGUAUCAGUCCCAAGUGGAGGGCAGUGAGCACAAAGACCCACAGAAUCCCCAAACCUCCUCAACAGCACCCAGAUCCUAUGGGAACCCCCAAACCACCGUGGAACCUCCAAAUGCCAUGCAUAGGGAUCUCCAAGAUCUGACCUAGGGAGUCCCCAGACCCCCAAGCCCUAAACACCCCUCAGAACUGGUGGGAACCUUCAAGUCUGAAUGAGACUCCCCUGAACUACACUAGGGCCCCAGAACUAAGCCAUCCCAGACUUCCCUUCCAGUUACCCUCUCUCAGCCACCAGAACCACAACUGUCCCAAAACGAACAUCCCCAAAUCCUUACCAGUGUACCUUAUAUCUUUUGCAAUCCCACCAAAUCCCCAAAUGUUCAGCUCUAACCCCAGAAUCCUUCCUUUUCCUCAUCCAAUCCCUUAACACCCACUGGGACCCCAAAUCCCUCCCAGGUUAUAGCAUUGAUGAGAGAGUGGAGAGAACAUGCUCUGAGCACCACAAGUUUUGUAAAUAUAUCAAUGUUAUUACCAUUACCGUUACUUCUCUCUUCGUUUUCUGCUUAAGUCAAUAGCUUUUAUCUCAACCAACGAGUUUUCCCUUUUUUUGUCUAAUUCUCACCCCAACCCACAAAGAGAGGAGUCCGUGAGAAUCAAAGCUGUGUGGUGCUGAGCUGCUGCCGGGUGCCAGCACCGCAGUCCUUGUGGUGGGGGCCCAACGUGGGGCCCAAAGGGUGGAGAUCCCAACAGAUGUGAGCAGAGCGUGUUCCAACACAACUGCUCUCAGCGGGACAGCAGCCUCAGAGCUGCUGCUCACAGCGCUCAGCUCUUCCUUCACUCGCUGCCAUCCCUUGCUCUCAGGCCUGCUUCCUUCCCUGCGCUGGUGCUGGUUCUCAUCUCGGAGCGCUGCCCUGGGCUUCUGGAUGCUUCUGCCCUGUUGUCUAUAAGGUGUGCUCAUGCACUCUCUGCUCCAGGCAAGUGGAAACUGUUGAUGACAAUUUUGAAUCCCUGCUACAAACAUUGCAUCCCAUCAAAUUUGGUCAGGUUCGGGCAAAGGGAUGGCAAAAGAGUGAAUGUUACAUCAUUCUGCACCAGAAGGAACUCCCCCAGCACUCAUGCAUCAUCACAGCCUCAUUCCUGGAUGAGAAGAGCAUUCAAUGCUCCUGUGGCAUAGGGAAUAAGAACACAAACAACAGAAGAUCAUACCAGCCUCAAUUUGUGGAAGAGAUUACAGUUUUCCCCAUCUCAUCACAACAGUCACUGCAGUCACAAUUUUCUCCAUGCAAUUCAGUUCCCCCUUAAGUGUUCAUAGCUCAUAGACUCACAGUGCACAGAAUCAUUGAAUCACAGCUUUCCCCUCUGCAGUCACAUUUUCCCCCUCUGCAACUAAUUUCUUCUCCCUGCAAUUAAAUUUCUCCCCAUGCAAUCAUAAUUCUCCUCCCACGUUCAGAUUUCUGCCUACCACCCCAGUUUUCUCCCUAUCAUUCAGUUUUUCACCCCACCAUCACCAUUUCUCCCACUCCAAUUAAUAUUUACAACCUGCAAUUCAGUUUUCACCCCACAGAUGAAUUCUCUCCUGCCAUCUCAAUGCCCCACCCCCAGGCUCAGCCCCACAGGGGCACCCAGCUCCUCACUGACCCCAGCCCCAUUGCCUGGGUCCGGCCGUGGCAGCGCUCGAGAUGAGAGCACUGACAGCACUGUGACUCAGCACCACACAGUGGCCUUUUUCUGGGGGAGUUCCAAGAGAUGCUGCUGGGCAGAUGGGGAAGGGGCCGAGGGCAGCUGCCCACGAGCAGGGUUUCCAUGCAGGACACGACAGCGUUGCUGCCAGCACCAGGAAGCAGCUUUGCCCUCAUUUUGCAGCUCAGAAAUCAUUGCUUUUUGCUUUCAGUGCUUCCAAUCCAGUUCUUGCAUGCAUGUUUCCGUGAAGAACACCUCUCUCUCUUUGCACACUGUGGUCAGAACACAGAUAGAGUCUUUCUACAGCUCUUUGGGCACUGGUUACUUUCAGCAGCAGGAGAGACACGUGCAGGAGUGGU